AUGUCGGUCGAAAUCGAGCCCACCGAGUUGAGCUUCAAGCGUCCCUUCACUGUCGAAGUCGCUCGGAUUCUGCGGAUCAAGAACCCGAACCAGUCCCCCAUCGCCUUCAAGGUCAAAACCACCGCCCCGAAGCAGUACGAUCCCUUGCCUGCCGUGCAGCCUUCGUUACAGGUUGGUGCUCUGCGCAAACGCCAGGUGGUCACAUGUCACUCACAGUAUUCAGUCCUUCUCCAGGCCAUGAAGGCAGAGCCGGCUCUCGACACCAAGUGCCGCGACAAGUUCCUGGUCCAAUCAGUCUCCAUCACUGCUGACAAGGAGUUUGCGAGCAUUGCAAACAUUCUCGACCAGACUGACAAGUCUUCACUCAUCGAGCGCAAGAUCCGCGUCAACUGGCUCGCCGCCGAAGACUCGGUGUCCCUUAAUGGUGGCAGCGCUUCUGCUGUCGCAUCCACACCCAAUCGCCAGUCCGUGGUCAACGGCGACUAUACCCCCGAUGUCUCCAACGUCUACUCGUCUCCCCAGCCGGAUGCCGACUCCGGCAGCCCUGCGCCUGCAGCUCGACCAUCGACCUCCGAUGUGAAGGAGGAUACUGUUUCCGAGAAGGCACAGUCUACAGUCAGCGCUGCGAGUCACGUUGUCGCCAAUACCGCCCAGGUCACCUACGAAGAGUUGAAGCAAAAGCUUUCCCAGGCCGAGGCCAAGAUUGCAAGCCUGCAGGACACCAGCGGCCUCCGGCAACGCGUCAAGACCGAGACUGAGAAGCUCCCUACUGCCCAAGAGGCUGCCGCGGCGGUGAGGCAGGGAGCUGAAGGUGUCUCGGUACAAAUUGUUGCCAUUCUGUGCUUGUUCAGUUUCCUCCUUGCUUACUUCUUCUUCUAA